AUGCGAGAAUUUGAGCUUGAGAGCAUCACAGACGACAUGGCAAUUAUUUAUUGUCGUGUUUGCUACAAAAAAACGUCUCUUGCACCGUCAAUAAGCGUUAUUCGACGUAGCGAUCUGCACGGUAAUCAUGUCCCUGGUGGUCAGUGUCGAGAAUGCUCACGACGACACUACUAUCCAUUUACGCCUGCGGAAUGGGUUGAAUUCAAAAACAAUGCGUUUGAAAUCAACGAUAAUCAUUAUGUCGCUAGAGACGCACUGAUUCCAUCACAAUUAUGCAGAACAUUCACUCGAGGAGCAUGUAUUGGCAGCAUCAUCAUCAAAGCUCGUCAACUGAAGCUUGCUUCGCGGAAAAUAACCCAGGAAGAAAGGAAUCUUUGCGUGGUCUGUUUCGAAACAGACAAACCCAUGGAUCCUAUGCCAUGCAAACAUUACGUUUGCGCUGAUUGCCAUGCACAACUACGAUCAAUUGACAACGAAGAGAUGUCAAAUCGAUGCCCCUACUGUAAAACUUUCAUAAAGUACACUCAUCUUCGUCAGAUUACAAAACACGAGCGUCGAAUCUAA